UGGGGGGGGCUGCUGUCUGUCUGUCUGUGUCUUCCACGUGAAAAACUGAAAAUUAAAGAGUCUCUGAAAACAAACAUAAGGAACAACAGUGAAAUGUCUUGUUUUGGCGGAGAUCCAAACUUUUGCCCAGAAUGUGGAAAUGUGCUCCCUUUACCAGGAGCACCAGAUACCAUUACAUGUCCCCGCUGUGCCUUUAUUAUCCCUGUUCGGGAAAUAGCAAAUCAAGUCAUAACAUCGUCUGUAGUGUUCAACCCAUUAGAACCGAUGGUCAGCACUGGAGAGAGUGAGGAAGAUUCUGAGCUAAAAGGCCCUGUGAUUGACAGGCGGUGUUCCAGAUGUAACAAAGAAGGAAUGGUUUACCACACACGUCAAAUGAGGUCAGCUGAUGAAGGGCAGACGGUCUUCUUCACUUGUCUACAUUGCAGAUAUCAGGAGAAGGAAGACUCUUAAUGGAAUAGAAUAUCUUGUGUGAUUUGUACGAAUAUUUUUUUUAAAUAUAUAUAUAUAUCCAUACACUGUGUAAUCCAGUUCAGCACAUUUGCUCUACUGAUGUAAAUGAUAAUGCUGGUUAAACAAGUCAUUAUAAUAAUGAUGGAUUCAGCAAUAAACUAAAUAUUGUAUUA